AUGGACGGAGAGACGGAGGCGCAUCGCGAGGAACGGCUGCACGCGUUAUGGCGACAGCUGGAUCCAAAGCAGACCGGAUCCCUCGAUCUUGCGAGCUUGAAAGCAGGACUCGCACAGAUGCAACAUCCCCUUCGGGAUGCCGAUUCACUGAUAAGGGAAGUCCUUGCGGCAGCCGACAUUGACCGCGACGGUAGAAUCUCCUACGAUGAAUUCCGCCGAUUCUGCACGCAGACAGAAAAGCAAUUGUGGCAGCUAUUCAAAGCAAUCGACCGCGACCAUAGUGGGGAGCUGGACAAAGCCGAGUUGUCUGCUGCUUUCGAACGCGCAGGGCUGACUGUCUCCAAUGCACGCAUCGAACGGUUCUUCAACUACAUUGACAAGAACCGCGAUGGCACCAUCGACUUCAGCGAAUGGCGAGAUUUCCUUCUUUUCCUUCCCGCUAAUUCUCCUGGCCUCAAGGCCGUCUUUAAUUACUACCAAACCACCGCUAAGCUUACUGCCGAAGGAGAUGUGCAUAUGGCCGAGGAGUCGGUGCAUGGCAUAGGUAUGCUGCUCGGUUUUCUCCAGCGCUCUUUGUUUGGCUCUUUUUCUCGAAUUAUUGCGCCAAGCACUCAUCGGAAAGGCGCGUCUGAUGCUCACGUUAUCGCCGUGCCGCCCCGAGACGGGAGUGCUCCUGCUCAAGUCUUCCAGGACGAGAACGACGACGAAGACGUCUCAGAAGACGACCCGCACAUUCCAUUGAAGCCCGCGCGGCGGAAAGAGCAAUUUGAUCAUAAUGAUGCGCUGCAGCACGAUGACAAAUUGCAGCUGACACUGACCGACUUCGUGCCGGAAUUAGGGUAUUUCUUAGCAGGUGGUUCCGCGGGAAUUGUGUCCAGGACCGCUACCGCGCCUCUCGACAGGCUCAAGGUGCACCUGAUCGCGCAGACGGAGAGCGCUUCUGAUGCGAUUCUUGCGGUCAAACAAGCGAAUCCAGCACAAGCAUUACAAAGCAGUGGUAGAACCCUGUGGAGAGCCUCAAAGGAACUCUGGGCUGCUGGCGGUGUUCGAAGUCUCUUCGCCGGGAAUGGUAUCAACAUUCUUAAAGUUAUGCCGGAAUCGGGUGUCAAAUUCGCGGCGUACGAGGCUUCCAAAAAGCUCAUUGCGAAAUGGGAAGGACACAACAACACGAAGAAAAUCUCUUCUUGGUCGAUAUUCGCAGCUGGUGGUCUUUCGGGAAUGGCCGCACAAGCAGUCGUGUAUCCCCUCGAUACUCUCAAAUUCCGCAUGCAGUGUGAGACAGUCGCCGGUGGCGAACGCGGCAACACUCUCCUCAUCCAGACUGCCAAGAAGAUGUGGGCGAAGAACGGUAUAGUGGGCUUUUACCGGGGUCUGCCUAUGGGGCUCGUCGGCAUGUUCCCAUACGCUGCUAUCGACCUGGGAGUGUUUGAGUCCUUCAAGAACUGGUCCAUCAAGCGGAACCGUCGACUGCAUCCCGAGCUGAAACAUGAUGAAGACGCGUUGCCAGGAAAUUUCACCCUUGCAAUUAUGGGCGGCUUUAGUGGAGCGAUCGGGGCGAGCGCCGUGUAUCCCAUUAAUCUGCUGCGUACUAGGUUGCAGAGUCAGGGCACGAGUGGGCACCCCAGGACCUACACAGGUAUCGUGGACGUGACCCGCCAGACGCUGCACGGGGAGGGCGUACGAGGCCUGUUCAAGGGAUUGAUUCCGAACCUGCUCAAGGUCGUGCCGGCGGUAUCAAUCACUUAUGUCGUCUAUGAGAAUAGCAAGCGCUUCUUGCAUUUGACCUAG